UGUUCUCCUCCAUCCACCACCACCACCAUCUCUAUACCUGCUUAUACCUAAAUUUGCAGCCUUGAGUUAACCGUAAUUCACGCUCCUUUUAUCAAACCCUAAACCUUCUUAUACCAUUCCCCUUCCAUUUUUCUAUCCAUUUCUCUCCCAUUAAUCAAUCUAUCUCCCCAUGAAUGUCUUUUCUUCAGGUUAAUUACGUUCUGUGAAAUUAAAAUCUGGGAUUCAUGGCAAGUGGAACGACAACUCAAGGGAAGGAGAAGAGAUCAGGCACAUCGUCUUUUUCAAAUCCAACCAGAAGUAGCAGACAGUCCAGCUCUGCCUCCAAACCCUCCAUUGAUAAAGAAAAGGAAAAGCCUGAGAAACCCCUCCCCAAUUAUCUCAAGCCUACUAUUAGCUCACGCAAUGAAUCUUUCAAGCUUGUUAAGAAAAAUAACACCCGUGAACAGGAUCAAAAGUUUCUUAGAAGAAGAUCUUUUGACAGCAGGCAGCUUCCCUCCUCUUCUUCUUCACAAAAAGCACCUUCCUCUCCGGCUCGUCGAGAUACCAUAGGGCCAGUGCUUAGUGAGAGGAAAAUUACAGUUCGAUCCACCUCUCAUUCGUCCAGAACAAACUCUUCAGCCUCAAAAAUGGUUUUGGAUAGUGUGAGUACUACUUCAUCGCGAACGACUAAAGGCGCUGCAGUGAAAUCUCAACCACUUCCUUCAGGAAGCGCAAAGAAGAGCGCAACUUCAAGUACUAACCAUAAGAAGGAACAUAAUGUGCCUCCUUCAGUGGAUGAUGCAAGUAGUAGUCAUACAUUGGAAAAUGAAACUAAGGAAGAAGAAAAUGAAUAUGAGGUUCAUGAAAUUGAAGAGGUUGUUAAGGCGGAGACAGAGGUGGAUGUGCAGUCUGAUGUACCAAAACCUGAAACCGUGGAAGACGUUGUUGAUGAUAUACCUCGAGAAACUGAAGUUAGAAACAAUGAUGAGAAGUUUAAAUCUUGUGACAUUUCUACAGUUUCAGAAUCUGAAAAUGUGGUUCAACCUGCAGCACCUUCCCUAAUUGAAGAAACUGUACAUGAAGAAGAGAAAUCAAAUGAAGUGGAUGAUGUUCCUCAACAAGAAACAUCAAAAGAAGAAGUGAGAGAGUUAGAAGAAAGUACUGGCAAUAGUACAACUCUUCCGGAAGAGAACAUUGUUGAGGAAGCUAAAACUGAGGUGGGAGAUCAGAAAGUGGUAGAUGAUAAUGAGAAUAAUAAAACUGAAGAUCAAUUAGAGUCUACAGAAGAUGCUGUUGGAGAUCAAGAGACGGAGGUUGUUGAAGAGAUGGAGCAGCAAGGUGAAGUUGAAGAAAGCGAGCAGGUUAAGGCGAAGGAAGAAAAAGAAAAAGAACAAGAACAAGUAGAGGAGGCAAAUAAAGAUGAUGAGGUUGAAAAAACAAAAACAAAAACAAAAACAAAAACAAAGCAAGAGAAUGCGCCUGCAAAUCUGGUGAUUACAUCAAAGAGGCAAGAUGAGGGACAAGGGAAGAAGGAAUCACCAACUGCAUACAAUGAUGUGAUUGAAGAGACUGCAAGUAGGUUACUUGAGAAGAGGAAGAACAAAGUCAGAGCACUGGUGGGAGCAUUCGAGACUGUCAUAGAUUACGAGUCUGCAUCAACACCAAAAGGAAGUAAUUAACAGUUGGUUUUAAAUAAUAAUAAUAAUAAAAAAUAAAAAUAAAACGUAAAAAUUAUGAAGUUCAUUGUUUGAUAUAGUAUUUGAGUUUCGAAGGUACAGAAAUUUUUUUUUUUAUAUAAAAGAUAAAGUGAAGUGUUGUAAGUAAUUUGUGGUGGACGAUAUAAAGUUAUUGAACAUCUUUGUAAUCAGUCUCUGUUAAAAAUUGUUGUAUAAACUGCAUCAA